UCCACUUCUAUCAAGAGCCCUAGAAGAAUCUAUCCCGUGAGAUACGAACACUUUAACAUUCAACUCGUUUCCAUAUAACGAAUCUAGGCAUGGCGUCUCCUGAGCAAUCAGAGAGAAACUCUACUGGUUCGAGCAGUGUAUCCAAGAAAGUUUCGGAGAUCUGGGAGCGAAUGAACGAAGGAGUGCCAAACAAGCGAUUCAAUUUCGUCUCAAAGACCUCAACCUCUUCGCCUCCCGCUGAAAAAUCACCUAACAGCAAAUGGAAAAGCUAUCUUGGUAUUGACGCGAAGGAGAGGGACAAAGCUGUACAAAAGGAAGAUAGCGUUUCGGUUAGUAGCGAGGAGGCUAAGCGCAUUGCUGCUGCCGCUCUAGCUGCUGUGAGAAACGCAACCGCAACCGCUGCAGCUGCUUCGAGCCGUGGCAAGAUUGAGAUAAGGGAGGUCAAAGACUUUGCUGGUCAAGAAAUCGAAGUGAAGAGGUUAGUGGAAGCGGGUUCAAAGGAAGCCUCCUCAUCCUCUGCGGGGGCGACUUCAGGGGUUGAUGCGGUUCUUGAGCAGAUUAAAAAGAAACAGAAGCUGAGCGUUUUGGACAAGACGAAGAAAGACUGGGGAGAGUAUAAGGAGGAGAACAAAGGUGUUGAAGAUGAGUUAGAUAAGUACAAGAAGAGCUCUGACAAGUAUCUUGACAAAGUUUCUUUCUUGGAGAGAGCUGAUUACAGACAGUUUGAGAAAGAGAGAGAUGCUCGUUUAGCUCUUCAGUCCAAGCGAAGACUCGAUGAUGUCUAAAAUGUGAAGACUCUUCGUCCUCGGCUGUAAAUAUUCUUGUUUUCUUGAUGUAGUGGAUGAUAUCCACAUGAACUACAUCAUGCAUCUUUACAAAACCAUCCAUCGAUAGACUUUACCUUAA